AGGAACCCGAACCCUCUUUCUUCUCAAGCUUCUACUCUCUCUUUCUCUCUUUCUCAAAUCUCGAUGGGUUCUCUACCUGCAUUUUCGAAUGGCUUUUCUAACACACCAUCCAAACAAGGCAUUAACACACACAUUGACGAAAACACCCUCGCCGAUCUAUUCAAAUCACAGCAGAGCCACCUCAACUUCUUCUUCGACAACGUCGACCAUUCCCAAACCCUAGCCUUCACACGCGCCCUCCUCGAUGCCGCCGGCACCGUCUUCUUCACCGGCGUCGGAAAAUCCGGCUUCGUCGCCAAUAAGAUCUCGCAGACACUCGUCUCCCUCGGCGUCCGCUCCGCCUUCCUCUCCCCCGUCGACGCCCUCCACGGCGACAUCGGAAUCCUCUCCGAUCGCGACGUGCUCGUCCUCCUCAGCAAAUCCGGCGCCACCGAGGAGCUGCUGCGCCUUGUGCCGUGCGCCAGGGCCAAGGGGGCGCGGUUGAUCGCGGUGACCUCCGUGGAAGGGAGCGCGUUGGCGGGGAUGUGCGAUAUGAAUGUGCAUUUGCCGUUAGAGAGGGAGCUCUGCCCCUUCAACCUUGCUCCGGUGACUUCGACGGCGAUUCAGAUGGUUUUCGGGGACACUGUGGCCAUCGCGCUCAUGGGAGCAAGGAAUCUAACCAAGGAAGAGUAUGCCUGUAACCAUCCCGCCGGGAAGAUCGGCAAGAGUCUUAUCUUCAAGGUAAAAGAUGUCAUGAAGAAGCAGGAUGAGCUUCCCAUAUGCAGGGAAUCAGAUCUAAUUAUGGAUCAGCUUGUGGAGCUGACGAGUAAAGGAUGCGGAUGCCUGCUUGUUAUAGAUGACGAUCAUCAUCUGAUUGGGACAUUUACGGAUGGUGAUCUACGACGUACUCUCAAAGCUAGCGGGGAGGCCAUUUUUAAACUCACUGUGGGGAAAAUGUGCAACAGGGGUCCAAGAAUUAUUGGUCCAGAUGCUAUGGCAGUGGACGCCAUGAAGAAGAUGGAAGCUCCUCCAUCACCCGUCCAGUUUUUGCCUGUGAUAAAUGAUGACAACAUCUUGAUUGGGAUUGUCACGUUGCAUGAUUUGGUUUCAGCUGGGUUGUGAUUAUAUCAUAUUUUUAGAGCCGCUAUUUCUAUUCGUUCA